AUGCGCUUAAUUUUGGUUUUGCUAAUUGUUGUGGGAUUUGUUGCUUUUGCAACUUCUCAGCCUUUGAAGAAAAAUGAGAAAAAUGAUUCUUCUGGAUCAACUGAAGAAAUCAAUGUUGAAACUGCUGAAGACAAUAACGAUAGUUCCGGCGAAAAACGUCAUAAACGAAAUGCUGCUGAUUCAUCAUCAUCAGAAGAAUCUGAUGAAUCUAAGAAAACUGCAGCUGCAGAUGCAAAACCAUUGGUAGAUGCUGCAGCUCCAGCUCCAUCUGCAGCUGUUGAAGCAGCUCCUGUUGCUCUACGUCGUAAAAGAUGUCUAAAAUCAUUUGAUGAAUUCAGCUCUGAGGAAUCCAAGGAGAAUAAUAAUGCGGCUAAAGAAGAAAAAUCAGAAGAUCCCACUUCUGAUUCUGAUGAAGUCCAACCAACAGAAGAACCUAUGGAACCUGUUCCAAAUAAUUCCGAUGAAAGCGUAAAGAAGGACGAUGAAGAUGUUAAUGAGAUUGCUACGAAAGAGGAUCAAAGCGAAACUUAG